UGCGCCCUAAAAGAAAAACAAGGAAGUUGACGUAGCUUUUCAUCAAUGAAAACAACGUAGACGCGGUGCCACUAACUUACCUCAUGAGUAACACUGUUUGUGGAAUUUAUAAUACCUCACACGACGGAUUUGUGCUGUCAUGAAGGCAGCUAGAAGUAAUAUGCAUGCUGCUGGAAUGUCCAACAACAAGGUGAAGUAUUCAAGGUUGGCUGCUGAUGAAGAUGGUUACAUAGACUUACAGUUCAAGAAGAGUCCACCAAAGGUGCCGUACAAGGCCAUUGCCCUGGCAAUAUUCCUGUUUCUGAUUGGCUCCCUGCUGAUAAUCUUCGGUGCUCUUCUUCUGGCAGGGACCAUAGAAGUUGAGCAUCCUGACCGCACCAUCCCUGUCAUCGUCAUAGGGAUGCUCGUUUUCCUCCCCGGGUUUUACCAUUUGAGGAUCGCCUACUACGCCGCCAAGGGAUACCGGGGUUACUCCUACGAGGACAUUCCAGAUUUCGGCGAUUGAGCUCAGUGAAAUCCGGUGUGUGUGUCACAGCCUCUUCAUCCUUUUGACCCACUUUGUAUACCCUGAGACUGAAAGCAUACUACUGUUCGCUUUUUUUUAAUAUACGCAGCCAAAAGAGCUAAAUACUCUCACCAUGGAGACCUGUCUCUCUCCAGUGGUGGAAUGAUGCAGAGACUUUGCCGCAAUCUGUCUUUUUUUUUUCAGUCUAUUUUCUUGUGACCUCGAGUUUUUUCAUGUUUGCCGUGUUUGCUCUUGCUUUCUCGUCAUUUUAUGAGUGUCCAACACAAGAGGUGGACAGGCCCCGGCGACUCACUGCAGCUUUAUUAUUGGUCUAUUAGCGGUGGACGUCAGAGCAGCUGUACACCUGUAACAGAACAGCAAGAUUUAGCUGUUCUUCGUUUGACAAGAAGCCUCAGAUAUAAGUGGCAGUUUCGUAUCCAACGGCUUCGGGCGUUGGUUUCAGAAUCGCUGUCCUUUUUCAACCGUCAUUUUACAGUGUGUCUGGACACAUUGCAUCAGAUAUUGGUUCAUAUGCUAUCAAAAGAAAGUGUUUUAUCCUGAGUCAUUAUACAAAGGUAUUUUCUAGAAAAGUUGAGAAAAAGAAAAGAUCAAAAGUACCAAUAGUGUGUUAAUUGUAUCUCAAACUGAUUUUCAGCAUCUUCCCUUGCUGACUGUUAUGUUUUUGCAAAAUAGACACAAUUUGAUGACAGCAAAACAUUUGAAUGAUUUGUGGAGAAAGCAUGGAUGCUACUGCGUUACAUCGUCUUUCAUUUUAGUUACAUUUACUUUCUGCACAUAUACGUGUGUUUAUGAUGAUGCUGUGAAGAUGCACAGUGUUGGAGUUUUAUUUAAACCACCAUCCUUUGCUAUUUAAAAAGGUUUUGGAAUGUUUAAACAGUAUUUCGCCGUGGAGUUAUUUGACUAUCAUCUGGCAUUGAGAAAUGAAUGUUUCUGUGACAGAUAGGGGAGCAGGGACCUUUUUCUUGCUUGAAAAGACUUCGCUUUUGGUGGAUGCUCUCUUUAUACUCGAUCUUUACACCCUGCCCUGACUGUGCAGUUAUAUAUUAAACUUUUGCCUUUUUUAAGUUUCUUUUUUUAGUUGAUGAAGGACACUUACACUGCUAAGUGAGCUGUAUCUUUUGGAUAGGGCAGACAAUCCAAACAUCAGGCUUCUGGUUGGCAGGUAUACACUCCUCCCUGAGCAGACACUACAAUGUCACUUUAUAUAUCUUGUAUUUGUGCUGUUUAAAAAUCAAAACGACUGGACAAAGGACUGUAACUUUAGAAAAAUGUGCAGAUUUUCUCCAAAGCAUGAAUGAAUGUACAUUGUCUUUUAUAAUUUAAUGUUUAGUUUCCCGUUUAAAGUAUUGCUGCUUUUGGUAUGUUUUUGCUGUGCUUUGUUUUAGAUGUUUGAAAAUUGUAUUUCUACUCGUGCUUUUGUGAUUGCAAAAUAAAGAAGAAUUUAAGUGA